UCCCUUCGCCGGGUAGCGUACCCGCUGCAGUGCAUGUGUUAUCAUCUUAUAUGAAUGAUGAGUGUGGCUUGCCUCACUCUGCUCCGUACUGUGUUUGACAAGUGGUACAGCGGGACCGCUGCACAAUUGCAAAGGAAAUGUAACCUGUGCAUGAAGUAAAUUUCAGAACACAGGUGUUUAGUUCUUCGCUCCUUACGAUCCAACGAACUGAUGAGAGCGCGCGAGUUUAUUCUGGUCACGGCUCUCGCUAUCAGACGGCUGUCCUGAAAUUUACUAUAGCGCAAAUCCGGCACGGGAGGAAGGACAAGCGGACACCUGCAGUAGAAUGUAGCGGGGAUUCCCUUCCACAAGCAGCGCGAGGAGGACCGUCACACAGCUGUUCGUCACCGUACCCCACUGGUCCUGUAGCCUGCUGGCUGGAGAGGAUUCGGAGGAUGUGAGCGGGCUAUGGGGGGGUGUGGCUGUAACAGUUGCUAUGUGUGAGGAAGAGCAGAGGGGGCCAUGGAGACAGACAGCUUCAGCCAUCGCCUGGAAACCAGCGAUGGAGCAGGGGGUGCUGUGGCAGGAGGGGGUCUGGAGGGCCCGGGUGGGGCUGGCGUCGAUUCCGGGUGGUACAUGCCUUACCCAAUCAGCUUCCAGGUGUCACUGACCAGCUUCCUCAUGCUGGAGCUGGUGCUGGGUUUCAGCAGCAACCUGACCGUGCUGGUGCUGUAUUGCGCCCAGUCCAACCUGGUCGACUCAGUCAGCAACAUGGUCACGGUCAACCUGCACGUGCUGGACAUCAUUGUGUGCGUGCUGUGCCUGCCUCUGACCAUGGUCAUCAUCCUGCUGCCCCUGAACCGCAACCUGGCGCUGCUGUGCUGCUUCCACGAGGCCUGCGUCACCUUCACCAGCAUCGCCACCGCCGUCAACGUGCUGGUCAUCAGCGUGGACCGCUACGACAUCUCUGUGCGCCCGGCAAACCGCCUGCUGACCCCCCGGCGGGCCGCUCUGCUGCUUGCCGCUGUCUGGGCCGUGUCGCUGGCCGUCUUCUUCAUCCCCUUCCUGGAGGUGGAGUUCUUCUCCGGGCCGGAGAGCGGCCUGGGCGAGCCGUCCCCUGCGCCCCUGUGGCGCAACCGGACGCUGCUCUGUGUGGGGGGCCAGGGCUACCACACAGGGCUGGCCGUAUACUACCACCUGCUCCUGCAGGUGCCCACCUUCUUCACCGCCGCGGUGGUCAUGCUGAUCACCUACUCCAAAAUCCUGCGGGCCCUCAACAUCCGCAUCGGCUCGCACCUGAAGAAGGGCCAGCGCUUCAAGGGCCAGGGCUGCAGGGGGCGCCGGAGGAGGCGCAAGAGGAGCGUGCCGGGAGGGGGAGCAGGCGAGGGAGGGGAGUCAUCCGGUCAGACCAGGCAUCUCUCACAGCCUCCCCUCAGCCCCUCGCCCACCCCGACCGCCACCUCGCCGCCGCCGUUGUCCUCCGCCCCCCUGAUCAGCGCUGACGGCGGGGCGACCCCCGUCCCGUCGGCGGUGGGGGUGCAGGCGUCUGUGUCGGCCAUCAUCGCGCUGCGGCGGGCAGUGCGGCGGCACCGGGACCGGCGGGAGCGGCAGCGGCGCGUCUUCAGGAUGUCCCUCCUCAUCAUCUCCACCUUCCUGGGCUGCUGGGCGCCCAUCUCCGUGGUGAACGUGCUGAUCCUGGGCCUGGGCCCCAGCGACUGGCUGGUGCGGCUGCGGCUCUGCUUCCUGGCCAUGGCCUACGGGACCACCAUCUUCCACCCGCUGCUCUACGCCUUCACACGGCAGAAGCUGCGGCGGGCGCUCCGCAGCAAGGUGAAGAAGCGCGUGGUGUCGCUGCUGCAGGUGGACCCCGCACCCAGCGGCACCGUCAUACACAACUCCUGGGUGGAGCCGCGUAAGGGCCGCAAGCCCCGCCAGGAGGGGAGCGACGGCACGGACCGCUGCCUCACUGAGGCUGUGCGAGAGUGAGAC